CUGUGGAGAUCCAAUAUGGCGGCUGGCGGAGCGGAGGUUCGUUCUGUUGAUGUGGAGGAGGACGCGUCUCAAUUACUAUUCCCCAAAGAUUUUGAGAGUUCAGAGACGCUCCUGAACUCUGAAGUGCACAUGUUAUUGGAGCACCGGAAGCAGCAAAAUGAGAGCGCAGAAGAGGAACAAGAGUUGUCCGAAGUAUUUAUGAAAACUCUCAACUACACAGCUAGGUUCAGCCGAUUCAAGAACAGAGAAACCAUAGCCAGUGUCAGAAGCUUGCUGUUACAGAAGAAGUUGCACAGAUUUGAGUUGGCCUGUUUAGCCAAUUUGUGUCCAGAAACAGCAGACGAGGCAAAAGCAUUGAUUCCCAGUCUUGAAGGACGAUUUGAGGAAGAAGAGUUACAGCAGAUCUUGGAUGAUAUUCAGACAAAGAGAAGCUUCCAGUACUGAAGAGGAAAAUCUCUUGUAAAGAUGGACUGAUUCACUUACCUUGG